AUGGGCGAAAACGGCAGUAUUCCGUUACCUAAGAUAAGAUCACCUUCACCUCAAAGGGUGAAAGAGCCAGAGCUACUAGUAAUAGAGACACCAAAAAUGCAAGAACCUGAUAUAAAAAGAAUCGAGCAAGAAUUGAGUAAAGAUGUGACUCUCAUCGAUAAAUAAGAUAAAAAAGAAAGGAGAUGAGUACAACGGACAGGUUAAUAAAUAAAACCAAGAAGUAUCAUGGAAAAGGAAUCUUAACCUGGAAAGACGGUUCAAACUACGAAGGAUAUUUCAAAGAAGGCGACCACUACGGGUACGGGAUUAAGAAGUGGGCCAAUGGGGAUAUUUAUGAAGGAAACUGGGAAAGAGGCUACAGGCAUGGAAUUGGGAAAUAUUAUUAUGCUAAUGGGGAUAAGUAUGAGGGGGAAUGGAGAGAUGGAGAGUUGCAUGGAUUAGGGCAGUAUUGGUUCAAGGAUGGAGGAAUGUAUCAAGGGAGUUUUGCAUUUGGCAGGAAGGAUGGGCUUGGAAGCUUGGUGUUUGGAGAUGGGGUUCAUAUGAGUGGAAAUUGGGUACAAGAUGAAUUUCAUUCUAAUCUUAAAUAGAGAUUAUCUCAUUCUGGCCGUAAAUUCAAUAAUGAUG